GUGCUUAACGCCUUCAAGGAUUUUGAGCCGUCCAUCCACGAUUGGACGUCUCAGGAUGCAUUUUUUCGUGCUUAUCGUCGACGCGUCGCAGUAGUAGUUGGUUCCCUCUAACGCCACCGUUUCAGAAAAAUCUCGCGUAUUCGUCGCCAUCUCUUCCUCCUUGUUCGCUCUCUGUUUUAAUUCCAGUGAAAUCUCGACCUAACUGUUCCGAAUCACCACUUGGUUUCUCGAUUGAGCUGCUCUGUUCGAAGGAUUUUCCAAGUAAUUCGGAUGUUGCGGUUCGAAGUGAUGCGGAAAUUAGUUUAAAGGUGUAGAAUUUAGCCCGUUAGGGCUUUGGAGAUGGUUACUGAGAGUCCAUUAAAGAUGUUCUCGAAUCUAGACGGGAGGCCAACGUUAGGAGAAGAUCUUAGAGGAUCCAGUGUUAAUCUAGAAGAUACUUUCGGGAAGGAGCUCGAGUUCCUGCUGCGAGAGCAGCGCAAUAGAGAUGUUAUUGAUCGGGAGAGGGACCUAAAUAUAUACAGGAGCGGUAGCGCACCUCCGACGGUUGAGGGAUCCCUGACUGCUAUCGGCGGUCUUUUUAGGGAUUCUGGUGCUGACUUUUCGGGGAUUAAUAGGAACUCCAAUACCAACGGAAUUCUGUCAGAUGAAGAGCUUCGCUCACAUCCCGCGUAUCUGUCUUACUACUAUUCCCAUGAUAAUAUCAAUCCUAGACUUCCUCCUCCUCUGUUGUCGAAGGAGGAUUGGCGUGUCGCGCAGAAGUUUCAGACUGGUACGUCGCCAUUUGGAGGAAUUGGGGAUCGGAGGAAGAAGGAUAUAAUUGAUGAAGGAGAAAGCAAAUCAUUGUUCUCUUUGCAGCCUGGUCUUCCAGCACAGAAGGGUGAAGGCGAUUUCGUUGAGCCAAAGAAAGUCACACCAAGGAACCUCACUAGACAACCUUCUGCAGAAUGGCUUGAGAGAAACAAUGAUGGCCUCAUUGGAUUGGCAGGCGUGGGGUUGAGCGCGAGGAGGAAGAGUAUUGCUGACUUCCUGCAGGAAGGACUAGGUAAACCUACCUCUGUAUCUGGUAAUAUUUCUCGACCAGUUAGCUGUAAUGCUAUUGAUGAUGCUGUGGAACCGAGGGGAAUUUCUGAUCCCCAACUGGCACAGCUAUGUAAUGGAGUGGAUUCUGUAGAUAGCUUACAUUCUGGAGCAACUUCCCCUGGCCUGGCUAGAGUUCAAAGUUUUGGUUCAUCUCUUUCUCAAUCUUUUGCUUCAGCUCUGGGUUCUUCUCUGCCCAGGAGUACAACCCCUGAAUCUAAGUUGGUUAUGAGGUCACCUGGCCCUCGUCUUCCCCCUGUGGGUGGUAAGAAAAAUGCUGUUAGUUCAAAUGCCUCCAAUAGCCUUUCUUCUGGAACAGGUGAUCACACUGAUAUUGCAGCUACUUUUUCUGGCUUAAGCCUAUCAAAAAGUAGACUUCUAGAUGAAGAUAGUAAUGUACAGUCACAGCUCCAACAAGAAUUUGAUAAUAAGACUAGCUUCCAGUAUGAUAUGCCAAAUGGUCAUAAACAAAGCCUGCAGCAACAACUCAUUGACAAAUCUGAGACUGAAAUACUAACCCUACCUAACAUGUACAAAGAUCUAGCAAAAACCGACCAUAAUAUUUCCAAGGUAAGUUUUGAUGGGCAUGCAAACUUGCCAAAAAGAACAUCCUCUUCUGCCAAUCUCUUCACAAAAGUGCCUUCUUCAGCAUCUGCAAGCCUAGAGGGAUCUAGUGUUCAUUAUCAGAAUAAGGAUUUACCAAAUGUCGAUUUUGGCGGGUAUAUCCAACGUGGCUAUUCUGUCAAUCAGAGGUUGAAUUUAGUAAUGAACAAUCACCUUGAUACAGGUAUACCAUUAGCAGGCAAUAUAGAGGGACCAAGUCUAAGUAGAAGAGGAAAUCAACUAGGGUCUGGCAUUCAGUUGCCAGUCAUGGACCCUCUCUACUUGCAGUACUUGCAAAGAACUUCUGAUUAUGCAGAACAGGGUGCAAGUGGCUUGACUGAUGCUUCUUUAGGAAGGAAUUACCUAGGUACUUCAGAGGCAGACUUAUUUGGGUUUCAGAAAGCGUACCUUGAGGUAUUGCUUGCCCAACAGAAACAACAGUAUGGCCUGGCAUUUUUAGGUAAACCCAGUGGUCUAAAUCAUGGAUACUAUGGGAAUCCUGCAUUUGGCCUUGGCUUGCCAUAUCCUGGAAACCCCCUGGCAAAUCCUGGACUUCCUUCUAUUGGGCCUGGAAGUCCUAUCCGACAGAGUGAGCGAAUCUCACGUUUCCCUUCCAUGAUAAGAAGUUCAGCAGGAGGAUCUGCAGGAUCUUGGCACUCAGAUAAUAGUGGAAACAUGGAUGAAAGUUUUGCAUCAUCACUACUGGAAGAGUUUAAGAACAACAAGACCAGGUCUUUUGAACUUUCAGAAAUUGUUGCUCAUGUUGUCGAAUUCAGUGCUGAUCAGUAUGGUAGUCGCUUUAUUCAACAGAAAUUAGAAACUGCUUCAGUGGAAGAAAAGAACAAGAUAUUUCCAGAGAUCAUUCCCCAAGCUCAUACCUUGAUGACAGAUGUCUUUGGAAACUAUGUCAUACAGAAAUUUUUUGAACAUGGUACAGAGAGUCAAAGAAAAGAGUUAGCUAGCCAGCUUACUGGUCAUGUUUUGCCUCUUAGUCUCCAAAUGUAUGGCUGCAGAGUGAUUCAGAAGGCUCUAGAGGUGGUUGAUGUGGAUCAGCAGACUCAAAUGGUGCAAGAGCUUGAUGGUUCAGUCAUGAAAUGUGUUCGUGAUCAGAAUGGUAAUCAUGUUAUCCAGAAGUGUAUUGAGUGUGUUUCUCAAGAUCGGAUUCAGUUUAUUAUCUCUGCCUUCUAUGGGCAAGUUGUGGCACUUUCCACCCACCCAUAUGGUUGUCGUGUCAUUCAGAGGGUGCUUGAGCAUUGCGAUGAUGCCAAUACCCAACAGAUCAUCAUGGAAGAAAUCUUGCAAUCUGUUUCUACUUUGGCGCAAGAUCAAUAUGGGAAUUAUGUUGUUCAGCAUGUGCUGCAACAUGGGAAACCACAUGAACGAUCUGCUAUAAUUAGCAAGCUUGCUGGACAGAUAGUAAAGAUGAGUCAACAGAAGUUUGCUUCCAAUGUUGUUGAAAAGUGUUUAACCUUUGGUGGUCCUGAAGAACGUCAGCUUCUCGUAAAUGAGAUGCUUGGUUCCACAGAUGAGAAUGAACCUUUGCAGGCCAUGAUGAAAGAUCCAUUUGCAAACUACGUUGUGCAGAAGGUCCUUGAGACCUGUGAUGAUCAAAGCCGUGAGUUGAUUCUCUCGCGCAUUAAGGUCCAUUUGAAUGCCCUAAAGCGAUACACAUAUGGUAAACAUAUUGUUGCCCGUGUUGAGAAGCUCAUUACAGCAGGAGAAAGACGCAUGGGAAUCUCAACCUCGUAUUCUUCUUGAUUCCCAAGUGGGGAAUGGUGAGAGAACACCUUUACCUUUUGUACAGCUAACAAGGCUGAUGAUCACAGCGGGGGUUCAUCAGCCAGAGGAUUUAUCUUCUUCGGAGAAUAGAGAAGUAGCCACAUUUAAAUCGCUAGACUACAAAUGAGUUAAUAAUAGUUGUAAAUAAAAAAACUAGGGCUGCUGAAAUAAGAUUUUUUGCUUCUUGUCCCCCUUUUCUUCCCUUGCAUGUAUAUCCGGCAGUGUAUUUGACAGUUGACGAAGAAAGGGUGUUUAGGUAUUUUUUAGGAAAUGCAGGUGGUACAUAAGGGCGACAAUGCUCUGCCUUCUGAAGAAAUGAGUGUACAAGGUUCAGUCUGUAAAGAAAACAGUGUAUUGGUGAAUCGAACUGUAAAGAAGGGGAACAGAGUGGAUGCAGUCGGUUAUCAGGUUGUUUGAGACUGCGACUCUGAAGUUUUUCUUUUAUAAAUAUAAAUAAAUGUCUUAAAUGUUUCUUUAUUAAGCAUUAUUAUUUGGGGUU